UCUUGUCGGGAGGUUGGGUUAGAGGAGCUGGAGUUAGCUGCCCGUUAGCUCACUGCCGCUGUGGUAAACUGGUUAUCUGUCAGCUAGCUGCUAGUAGCAGCUGCCAAAAGUGAGCUGUCCACACGGCCGAGAGGCAAAACUUGACCGACUUUGAGACAUUUUCUCUGCCUUGCCGCUGGAUUAUAUACUCUUUUUGAAGCGCCGAUGGAUUUGUUUACAUCAUGAUGUCGCACAUGCUGGUACCGAGGUAGGGAAAACUGGCUAACAUCAGCUAACUUAGCUAGUCGGCGAGAAAGACACAUAUCUAGCAGAGAGAGAGAGGAGUGGGCUGAGAGACCGGGCCCGCCUCAGACUAAAGUACCGGUGGCAGCUGCUUAGCAAGAAGUUUGACAAGGGCCUGUUUGCUACUCCGCUGCCGGGACACAAGAAAGGCCGACCGGGUGUUAAGAGAGGCCGGAGGAGGAGAGCAGCAGUCGCCCGUGUGCUGUGACCGGAGACCGCGGAACGCUUCGGGAGUUUCGGAGGGUCUGGCCUCGGUUGUGACACUUUUCUCCGACGAGAGAGAGGAAGAGGAACGGUAUGGAAAUGAACUGUGACGGUACGUGUCUGUGUCAUACCCCUCUGCUGUGAAUUACUUCGCAAGACACUAGUCCAGCACUUAGUUUCAUCUGGGAGCAGACAGACUUGACGCAGAUAGUCAACAUGUCGAAAAUGCCAGCGAAGAAGAAAAGUUGUUUCCAGAUCACGAGUGUAACGCAGGCUCAGGUGGCGGCCAGCAGCAUCACCGACGACACCGAGAGCCUGGACGAUCCGGACGAGUCCCGGACAGAGGACGUGUCGUCGGAAAUAUUUGACGUCUCUCGGGCCGACCUCGGGGUGUGCGACAGGAGCUCUUCCGAGGAAACCUUAAACAAUGUGGGGGAGCCUCAGGAAGGCCAGCCGCCCGCCACGGGUCCUGUCAACGGGGGACUCUCGUAUAAAAGUUUAGGCACUGGCCGUGUCACCCCACAUAAUUUAGGAGGAAGUGUGCCUGUGCCAGCUGCAGCUCAACCCUUUGUUCCAGGCUCAGCCGCCCAUCCGUUGACAGUCAUCAAUACGGUUCCUGCUGCCACUGUCUCUACCACUGUGGCCCACUCAGCUCCUGUUAGCACCAGCUGUAGUUCCCGUUUCAGGGUCAUUAAACUUGACCAUGGUACCGGUGAGCCCUUCAGACGGGGCAGGUGGACAUGCACUGAGUUCUAUGAGAAAGAUUCAGAUUCAAAUGUUAAUCGGACUGUGGAUAGCAUAAAGCCAACUGUAAACCUUGAUCACAGUAUAGACAGGGACAGUGGGCUAGGGACCACCAGUAACUCUGUGGUCACUAGCAGUGCUUUUUCUGCACAGGCUUCUGAGAACACCGCUGAUAGUGGCUACUCCGUUGGGCACCCUGCCCAUCCCCAUGCUUCAGAGCUUCAGCAGCAAGGCUACAGCUUGGCUCCUCACAUAGGGAGUGGAGCAAGUGCCUUCCAGCCCACAGGGUACACGACUGCAGUGUCACAGCAACCGCAGGUCAAUAUGCAGCCUGUUGCCCCUCAGAACUUCCUCUCUAACAGCCUCAAUGGUGUGCACCAAGGUGCCAUGCAGCAGAAGUCUCCCAUUAUGCCUCCUGCCACGCAGCCCCAACAGAUAGCCUACUCUACUCAUCCCACUGGCCUCUCAGCUGGCCAGCGUCAGCAGCACUUUGGCUCAAGCACUCAGAACCUUCCUAUGACAUCCCUCCCCGUGGUGCCUCCAACCAGCCAGGUACCCUUGCCUCUAAUCACCCCCGCUGGUCCAGGAGUCCAGGGGCUGGGCGGAGAUGCAGCCUCGGCCCAGGGCCUCCUGCAACAAGUGAGUAAUGCACCAGCCAUGGCCCCAAUCCAUGCAGGAAGUGGGCAACAGCAGCCUGUCAGCCAGACUCAGCCUUCAGGAGGGAUAGGCAUUGCCCCUGCACCUUCCGUCACCACCACCACCUCCCACAGUGGUGUUCAGAACGUGCCUGCCACAGUGCCCAGUACCACCAACACCCCUCCGGGUGUGCCAAGUCAGGGGCCUGGCACAGGAGGUCUUGUCCAGCCCCACGGAGCCCAUGGAGGAGCUGCAACAGGCCUCCUAUCCGGAUUCAGCAACCAGGCAGAAGAUAGUAGGCAGAAGUCUGAUGCCCUACCUCAGCCCAGUGCUGGUGUGGUCCCAGGCAAAGAUGGUGUAAAGCCUUUCAUCAGCGAGGGCCUCACCCUGCCCUCUCCUGCUGUGAACAGCCUGUUUGGCAUCCAUAUUACCAUGGAUGUGGAUGAGGACAGGAACCCAUCCACUGCUUUCUACCAGGCUUUCCGGCCUAGCAGAUUACGAGGGUCAAAGCCCGUCAACGAUAGUGCAUCUGGUGCCAGCGUCGUCGCCAUUGAUAACAAGAUUGAGCAGGCAAUGGACUUGGUGAAGAGCCACCUGAUGUACGCUGUUCGCGAGGAGGUAGAGGUGCUGAAGGAGCAGAUCAAGGAGCUGUAUGAGAGGAACUCAGUGCUGGAGCGCGAGAACGCCGUGCUCAAGUCGUUGGCCAACUCGGAGCAGCUCGGCCAGCUGUCCAGUCAGCUCACCCAGGGCGGCGGCAGCAGCAGCACAUCGCCACCACUGCUGCAACAACAGCAGCAGCACCAUCCACUCCUUACAAACAACAACACACCCUUGGUUCACCACGAGGGGAGUCAGAGCGUCCCUCAUCAACCCAACAUCACCUCGGCGUGAUCCCCCUGUUCCCACCGAUAAGUACACACGCUCAAACACACACCUCCCACCGACAGGAGAGGAGGGUCCUGUUUAGAAAAAAGACAAUAACUACUACCGUCCCCUUAGCUCCAUAAAGCAAAAAGGCUCGGCUCUGCAUCCAGUAUGUUCCAUUCGAGGAAAAAUCAACAACAGCGACAUCUUUGUUUGCCACCGAGAGCCAUGCUUCAGUGUGUGCACGCUGCCGCCACCGGGCCUCCACAUUAUUAAGACAUUUACCAUCCCAUGUGAAAAGUCUUAUUCUGGCCCCAGUGUUUGGCUGCGGGAAAGCUGGAAAAAAAAAGAAGGAAAGAGGGGCAGGGGGAAUCCGGUGCGCACCAUAAAACUGCAUGCUGUUCUUGUGGUGGGAGACGGGGAGGGGGGGGUCAAAGGGCACAGAGAGCUUGAUUUUGUUGGGGCAACAAGUGGUGGAUGAGGACUGCACACCCUCCCCUGGGAGGGGUGAAGAGAGGGUCCUGUAAAACAUCCAGCGGAGACUGUCUGUUCCUCCCAGCGUCUUUUAACCCCCUAUAUCACUCCACGGGCUGGAAGAGGCCAGAAAGCAGAGGGAGAAGUGGGGGGGAGAGGAGGAGGAGGAGGAGGAGGAGGAGGAGGAGGAGGAUGAUUCGUUCUCCCGGAGCGGAAGAGGAUGCCGGCGGGCGCCUCGGCUUGAGUGGAGCGAGUCGAGAGCCUCGGCUUGUUAUAUGCUGCAACAAAAAGCUUGUGUUGUUUUUCUCAGAGCCACCAUACUUUGACAUGAAUCAUAAUACUUUUUUUUUUUUUUCAUUAGUUCAGUUUUAGUAUUUGCAUUUAUUUAUUUCAGGGCUGCUAUUUUCAUAAUGUAAAUGAACAAUGUCAUGGAGAUACUAUUAAAAACAAAAAAGAAACCUUUCUCUUUGGUCUUUUGGUAUUUUAGAAUCUGUCAGGUAUUAAAUUUGGUAGUCUCUUGCAACACGUAGAUCUCAGUAAGUAGGCAAUAAGUUCCAUAAUAGAAAUUCUUCUUCUUAUGAAAUAGUGCUAACACUAAAGCCGAGCUUGCAUUAGGUGAAAUCCAGGUUGAAUGUAUAUUUUGUAAAGUGUAAAGUAUUAAGAGCGAGGAGGGUUUGUACAGGAGAACGCCUGUUGUUAAGAUAUGAAACGUGAUGGGAUGUUUCGAUAAAGAAAACUUAAUUUACUUUUUCUAGACUUUUCUUGUCAAAAUGGAAUAAAAUAGAGAUGAGUUUGGGGGUUUGGUCAGGGGGAUGACAAGCUGUGAAAAAUUGUUCGACCUACUUUAUAACCAAAGACGCAAAGCUGUGUAAGUCUGUGUGUUUUUUUUUUUUCCUUUCCCAAUUUUAAAUGCACAUUCAUAUUUUUUUCCUACUCUCUCCAUCCCUAUAUUUUGUUGCUGUUUUGCAUGUUCUGCAUGAUCUAUAAUCAAACCACUUUCUUACCUCAUGUUUAUUAUCCAGCACUCUUAAGUUUUUUUUUUUCCUGUUCAGUUGUCAGUCUGUGAAUGAUUGAGAGGAUUUAUGAAAGAGAAAGGGAACAAUGGGGACAGAGAGGGGUGGAGUAAGUGGUCAUGGGUAGGAGUGGAAACAAACAAAAAAGAAUGGAAAGGUGUUUGUCUGAUGGAGGGAAGAAGGGGCCUUGUGCACAAAACAUUAGUCAGAAAAGGAGCCAUCUUUUGUUUUCAUGUGUUGAAUUUCAUAUGCAGAGAAAAGGUUUUGUUACAUUGCAAAUUUUAAUGUAUUUAAUGAAUGCAGCAUUUAGAUUUUGAUUGUAGUGUACCAACACUUCACUUACAAAGAGGAAAAAAAACAACAACUAGACAACAAUAACCGUAAAACAAAACAAUGGAAAUUAUUAAACAUUUCACAUUUUAAAGCUGGAACCCAGUCGAUUGUGUAUUGAGCAUAUUAUGGGAUGUCCUGUCUGUGUCACGUCUUUGUGCCUCCUGUGCCGUCGUCGUCUGCCGUCGUCAGGCGAUCCGGUUUCUUUCUCUGUGGCUUAGAACCAAACCAAAAUGCUUGGUAAUUGUACAAUCAGUCAUCUUUCUACAGGAUGGACUCUUUGAUUUCCUUUUUUUUUUUUUUUUUGCAAACGGGCUUAUUUCUUCUCUCUCUUUUUUUUCUUUUCUGUUUUUUCUUUUGUUUUGAAGGAGAUGCCGUGUACAUGCCAAGUGUACUGUAUGAAAGUGAUCACUGAGCCUUGGAGAAAAUAUCUUAACAAUGCCCUUGUAAUGUGCUGUUCAGACGAUUUUAGUUUUCAGUCAGAAAUAAAUUACUGUUUUAUUAAGAGAA